AUGACAGAGCUAGUAUAUGCUCAAGAAAAUAAUGAAGCAAAAUUUAUAAAUAUGAUAGUUCUGUAAUUAAUUAAUAAUCAAUGUAGAUUCCAAAUUAAAAUUCUCAUAUUUGCUAUCAAUCAAUCCUAAUAGAUAACAACUAAAUAGAUAUUAGAUAGGAAAGAACAUUAAUAUUUUUAUCACAAAUAGCUAUUAAAUAAUAAUCUAGAAAAAAGCAAUCUUAUGUAAAAAUAUUAAAUUUUACAUUAUAAUCAACAUCCAAAUACUGAUGAAAUAAAUAUAAAUUAUGAAAAUAAGAAGUAAAUAUUCUUGCAACAAUUAGAACUUAUACUAAAUUUUUUGAAUAAAUGCUUUGUAAACUAAGUUCAAAAAAGCAGUAGUAGUUUGUGGGUGUGA